GUACGUCAACGGUCAGUCGCCAGAGAGAAAAAACAGCCGCUUCCGUGUUGUUCUUGUGUUAUUGUCGGUUAGCGGAGUCUGACAGCCUCCCCGGAGCCCGUUUAUCAUGAUCCUGUGAAGCUGACUCACACUUUCAGCUUCCUUUGAGCCGACAUGUCGCUGCUGCAGAGCUCCAAGAAGAAAGACAAGCGGAUUCUGUCCGGUACCUGCCCGGACCCGAAAUGUCAGGCGAGGCUCUUCUUCCCCGCUCACGGCUCCGUUAGCAUCGAGUGCACGGAGUGUGGUCAGCGACACGAACAGAAGAACCUGUUAAAUGUGGAGGAAGUGACCGACCCAGAUGUGGUUCUUCACAAUCUGCUCAGGAACGCCCUGCUCGGCGUCACCGGGGCCCCGAAGAAAGGCACGGAGCUGGUGAAGGUGAUGGGUCUGUCCAACUACCACUGCAAGCUGCUGUCCCCGGUCCUCACCCGGUACGGGAUGGAUAAACAAACCGGGAAAGCCAAGCUGCUGCGGGAGAUGAACCAGGGGGAGAUGUUCGACUGCUCUCUCCUCGGGGACAGAGCCUUCCUCAUCGAGCCGGACCAUGUCUCCACCAUGGGGUACGGGAAGGACCGGUCCGGGAGCCUCAUCUACCUCCACGACACCCUGGAGGAGGUGAAGAAAGCCAACAGCAACAGGGAGUGCCUGAUCCCGGUGCACGUGGACGGGGACGGGCACUGCCUGGUCCACGCCGUGUCCAGAGCGCUGGUGGGCAGAGAACUGUUCUGGCACGCCCUGAGAGAAAACCUGAAGCAGAACUUCAAGCAGAACCUGGACCGCUACAAGGCCCUCUUUCAGGAUUUUAUCGACGCGGCCGAGUGGGAGGACAUCAUCAACGAGUGCGACCCGCUUUUCGUCCCGCCUGAAGGCGUGCCGCUCGGGCUGCGCAACAUCCACAUCUUCGGUUUGGCCAACGUCCUCCACCGACCCAUCGUCCUGCUGGACUCGCUGAGCGGGAUGAGGAGCUCCGGCGACUACUCGGCCACCUUCCUGCCGGGGCUGGUGGCCGAGGAGCAGUGCAGGGGGAAAGACGGGAAGCUCAACAAGCCCAUCUGCAUCGCCUGGAGCAGCUCGGGCAGGAACCACUACAUCCCCCUGGUGGGCAUCAAGAACAGCGUGCUGCCCAAGCUGCCCGCCCGCCUGCUGCCGAAGGCGUGGGGAAUCCCUCAGGAGCUCAUCAGGAAGUACAUCAAGCUGGAGCCCGACGGGAGCUGCGUGAUCGGCGGCGACCGCAGCCUGCAAGACAAAUACCUGAUGCGGCUGGUCAACGCCAUGGAGGAGGUGUUCAUGGAGAAGCACAGCAUCCACCCGUCGCUGGUGGCCGACGUGCACCAGUACGUGUACAGGCGGACCGGCGUGAUCGGCAUCCAGCCCGAGGAGGUGACGGAGGCGGCGAAGAAGUCGGUGGUGGAGAACCGGCUGCACCGCUGCCUGAUCUGCGGCGCGCUCUCCGAGCUCCACGUCCCCCCCGAGUGGCUGGUUCCCGGCGGGAAGCUCUACAACCUCGCCAAGUCCACCCACGGCCAGCUGCGGCCCGACAAGAACUACAGCUUCCCCCUCAACAACGUGGUGUGCUCCUACGACCCCCAGAGGGACGUCCUCGUGCCCGAUUACAAACUGAGCUCCCUCAACACCUGCAACUGGUGUCACGGCACCUCGGUGCGCCAUAUCCACGGCAACGGGUCGGUGGUGUACCUGGACGGGGACAGAACCAACACCCGCUCCCAGGGCGGGAAGUGCGGCUGCGGCUUUAAGCACUACUGGGAGGAGAAGGAGUACGACAACCUCCCCGAGGCCUUCCCCAUCACGCUGGAGUGGGGGGGUCGGGUGGUCAGAGAAACCGUGUACUGGUUCCAGUACGAGGGCGACGCCGCUCUCAACAGCAACGUGUACGACGUGGCCAUGAAGCUGGUCACCAAACACUUCCCGGGCGAGUUCGGCAGCGAGAUCCUGGUGCAGAAAGUCGUCAACACCAUCCUGCACCACACGGCCAAGAAGAACCCGGAUGAGUACAACCCGGUGUCCAUCGACGGGGCUCACGUCCAGCGGCUCACCGACGCCAUGGAGACCCCGCAGGCGGCCGACCCCCAGCCGCCCACCAAGAUCAUCCUGACGGGUCAGAAAGCGAAGACGAUCCACAAGGAGGAGCUGACGAUGAGCCGGGCUGAGCGCAGCAUCCAGCAGAGCGUCAGCGAGCAGGCUCUCGUCUCUCAGAAGAGACGGACGGACAAACUGAAGCAGGAGCAGACGCCGCGCGGCCGGACCACCUCCCCGAGCGGCUCGCCGGAAACCUCCUCCUCGUCCGCUCCCGCCACACCCACCAAAUCCUCGUCCCCUUCGUCAUCCAGCAAGGAGAAGAAGAUCCGCGUGACCACCAGCGACGGCAGGCAGGCCAUGCUGACCCUGCAGGCGCACACCACCUUCUCGGAGCUGCAGGGAAGCAUCGCCAACCAGUUCGGCGUGCCGCCGCCGCAGCAGUGCAUCCGCUACGGCUUCCCGCCCAAAGAGCUGUCCCCACCGAAGGAUGGCGAGGAGAACGAGCCGGUGGCGCUGCAGCACGGCGACAGGGUGACCGUGGAGAUACUGAGGGGCCCCGAGGACCACAAGAGCCCCGCCUCCUCCAUACCCCGGGCCUCCAGCUCGCACUCUGUGAAGAGCGAGGACGCCGGCAGGAUGAGCGCCCGGGAGCUUCAGGACGGCAUCGACCUUGAGAUGUCCUCCCUCUGUCUCCUCGCGACCUUGAUGGGUGAGGACGUCUGGUCGUACGCAAGGAAGCUGCCGCACUUAUUCCAGCAGGGCGGGGUCUUCUACAACAUCGUUAAGAAAGACAUGGGUCUGAUGGACGGGAAGCACUGCACGCUGCCUCACCUGACGGGGAAAACGUUUGUGUACAACGCCACAGAGGAGCGGCUGGAGCUCUGUGUGGACGCCGCCGGUCACUUCCCCGUCGGCCCCGAUGUGGAGGAGCUGGUGAAGGAGGCGGUGGUCCAGCUGCGCUCUGAGACAGCCUCCAGGGGCAGCAGAGAGGGCAGCCCCUCCGGCCUGCUGCGCCUGGGCAGCGGCGGCGUGGUCAGGAAGAAGGAGCAGCUGCAGAGCGUCACCGCCUUCCAGGGUAAAGGUCACUCUCUGGGCAGCGCCGGCGGCUCCUCCCCUCCGGAGCACCGGCCUAUCACGCGUCAGCACAGCAGCGGCGUGGACCUGAGCGCCAGUGUGUCCCGAGGCCCCCCGGACCUGUCGGAAAUCCCCGAGGACGACCGGGAGCUGGUGCGCAUGGCGCCGGGCUUCGUCACGAUGAAGGACGGACGCGGCCUGGACCCGAGCCUGAUGGAGCAGCAGAGGAAGAAGCUGCAGGAGAUGGUCUCCUCCAUCCAGGCCUCCAUGGAGCGCCACCUCAGAGAGCAGCAGAGCACCACCGCCGCAGGGGGCGGGGCCAGCCAGGAGCGGACAGGCGGGACUAAGACGGGCGUGAGCCAAACGACCGCCCACGACGCUCCGGCUGCAGCGGGAGGGAAAACAGAUGGGAAGGUGGAGGAGCCAGAGGAGAUGGAGAGUCAGGACGCCGCACAGAGCAACGCCUUCGAACCCAUGGACCACUCCUGAUCCCUCCUGACCCCUAAGCCCCGCCCUCCGCCCCUUCCUCUCGCCUCGCCUCACCCGGGGUCACAGCGGCUCAGGAGGGAUCCUCAAGCUUUCGGUCUUCAUGGUGUUUGGUUGUCGUCAUGCAUGACUUCAGAGCGCCCGCAGCAGCUCUCUGCAGGGCGUCAGGAGGGGGCGGGGUCAGGUGGCACGUCCUCUGCGAUACAUCAUUAAAAAAAAAAAACUCCUGAGGCCGCCGC